AUGGAAAUUAGGAGACGCGGCGGGCCAUCAUUCCUCACAUACUGGAUAUUUUUGUUGCAAAUGUUAGGCAGUGCCCGCCGUGGCGCGGAAGGGCAUGGUCGCCUUAUGGACCCUCCUGCGCGCAAUUCCAUGUGGAGGUUUGGUUUCCCAAACCCUGUCAAUUAUAAUGACAACGAGCUCUUCUGUGGUGGAUAUGCCGUCCAGUGGGAGCAGAACUCAGGACGGUGUGGUGUGUGUGGUGACGCAGAUCACCUAAACGAACCGAGGCCUCAUGAGGCCGGAGGAAUGUACGGCAAGGGCAUCAUAACAAGACACUACAGCGUUGGACAGGAAAUAGAAGUAGAAGUAGAAUUAACGGCGAAUCAUCUUGGCACAUUUAUACUGAAGCUGUGCCCGAACAACAAUCCGAAACAAGAAGCGACUCAAGAGUGCUUUGACAGGUAUCCGCUUUAUAUCUCAGGAACUCGAGAGGACAGAUUCCUUAUACCCCUGGAUACUGCCAAGAAAGAACAAUUCAGGUAUCGGGUGAGGUUACCGCCUUACGUAACUUGUACGCAAUGUGUUUUACAAUGGACAUAUUAUACAGGAAACAUGUGGGGCAUAUGUCCAAACGGUACGGAAGCUGUCGGGUGUGGUCGCUCUGAAACAUUUAGGAACUGCGCGGAUGUGAGUGUAGUGACCAACACCGGUGGCCUUCCGCCAGCGUUUGCUGGUGAUCUCCGGAAAGACAACCCAUUCCUGUUGUAUUACAGGGACUAUGCCAUGCCACAAAAUGUCUACCCUCUUGUUGUCAGAGAUCAAGUCUGUCUGCCAACUCAAAGUUACCGAGUAAUACCGGGAAUGUUAAGCUGGUGUCAGACUAAUUGUCUGCGGUAUCCUCCCAAUUGCCCUGAGAAUCUGUGUCAAUGCCCACAAGUCUGCGAAGCAAUUGGUGAGUUGGAGGGUCGGGAAGGCGCCGACGUGUAUUGUAUGGACCAGUGCAUCGUGUAUCCGCCGCGCUGCCCCAAAGAUAGAUGUCGCUGCUAUUAAUAUGGAAUGAAGCUGGUCCCAUCGGUGCCCAAAAAAUACAGCCUGCAGUAGCACAAUACUCGCGAUUACCGCGCCGAAUGUAAUAGCGUUCGUAUUGUCUAAUUCUUUUAUAAUCAAUGUUACCAAUAAUUUCCUUAAUAUUUUAGUGAUAUUGCAAGCACAUUAAAUUGGACCAAAUAGUAUCUAGAAGUACUUUCAAAUGAACUACUUAUUGUUUCCUAU